UGAAUUUUAGCAAUUUCGAUCCCAUCUCACUGUACCAAAUUCGUCGAUACCAUUAAUGGCGUCAAUAUCACCACCGACGUUUCCUUCCUCCGCCGGCACCCCUGCUACAAACCCUCACAAAUUCACCUCCUCAACCCCUAAGUUUAUCACGAGGGCCCGAUUGAACCACCGUUCAUCCUAUCCAACGCAUCUAUUUCCUCAUUCUCCGUCUAGGGUUUCCGCUUUUUCAUCCAUCUGUCGGUGCCACAGUAACCACAAAGAUAUCGGCGACAACAAUGAUAAAGACAAAAAAGGGUCUCGUCGAUGGGACUCUGCUUUUCAAGAGAAUAUUAGGAAUACGAUUAAGUGGUUUGAUGAUUACAUGACUGGAUAUUGGAAGUAUCAGAAGAAAGAUGAUGAAGUGAAGAAGGAUGAUUCCGGUGAUGGUGUUGUGAAGAUAGAAGGUGAGGUAGUGGUGGAUGGAGAUGGCGAUAAAGAAUGGGAUUGGGAACGCUGGAAGAAGCAUUUCACUGAAGUUGAUGAACAGGAACGUGUUGUUUCUAUAUUGAAGUCGCAUCUAAACCGAGCUGUUGUCAAAGAGGACUAUGAAGAUGCUGCUAGGAUUAAGGUGGCUAUUGCAGCAGCUGCUACUAAUGACACAGUUGGCAAAGUGAUGUCUCACCUGAGUAAAGCCAUAGAGGAAGAACGCUACAUGGAUGCAACCUUUGUACGGGAUUAUGCUAAUGCAGGUUUGGUGGGCUGGUGGGCGGGACUUUCAGAUGAUAGCAAAGACCCAUAUGGUCGAAUUAUCCAUAUAAGUGCAGAGCAUGGAAGGUACCUGGCAAGAAGUUACAGUCCCAGGCAGCUUGCCAUGUCUGCAGAUGGUGCCCCUUUGUUUGAAAUCUUUCUUACAGUGGACGAGAACGGAGAAUACAAGCAUCAGGCUGUAUACUUGAAACGGACCGAGGUUCCCCGAGAUUUUCCAGUUGUUUCCUCCAAGUCAUCAGGUCUGAUUAGUAGCAUGAAUCCCCCAGAUACAGUGAGGGAUAAAGGUGAUCCGUUUGCUAAGGAUAUUGAAGAUAAAGAUGAUGGCGAAGACAUGGAUGAUGAUUCUGAUAUGGCUGAGGAAUCUGCUUUUGAGAAUAUCCUGCGAGAUAUGAUUCCUGGUGCAAAAGAUCUGAAGGUUAAGGUCUUGAAUGUGACGACACCAGGAAAAAUAGACAGGGAUCUAAUAUCUAAAGUGGUUAAACAGAUAGUGGAGGAAGAAGAUGAAAAAGAGAAGGAUAGAGAUUCGGAACGCAUAGAUGGAGAAGAUGAAGUCAAAGGUGGAACUGAUGAAGAUCAAGACAAUAUUGAUGUCAAUUCUGGUGACUCAAUAGUUGACAGUGAAGGGAAAGGUCAAAUUGCAGUUAAGAUUGUAGUUGGUGGCCUGGUUCAAAGAGUUUCUAAUGGCACAUCUCGCAAAGAUUUACUUCGUGUACCAGCCAAGCUGGAGAAAAAGAGUCGCUCAUCAUUUUCUUUCUCUGUUGAGAAAGAAAAGCAACAGGUUUCUUCUGGCAAUGCACAAUCUUUAAAGAACAAAGACGCUAGGAUUCAUGGUAUUCGUAGCACAGACAGUGUUAUGGUUGAUCUUGCGAAGUCCAUUGGAAGAGGGAAGAUACCUAUAAAGGUGCUUAAAGAUGUUGGUCAGUUGAUCAAUGUUACCCUUAGUCAGGCUAGGAAUCGUCAGCCUUUAUCUGGAUCUACAACAUUUAACCGAAUUGAGCUUCCAGCGACUAAAGAUCCAUUAAAUGGAUUGUAUGUCGGUUCACAUGGGCUUUACACUUCAGAGGUCAUUCAUCUAAGGCGUAAAUUUGGCCAGUGGGAAGAGGAUGGUAACAUGAAGGAGCUUUCAAAUAUGGAGUUUUAUGAGUAUGUAGAAGCAGUGAAAUUAACAGGGGAGCCUUAUGUGCCAGCCGGCCAGGUAGCAUUUCGUGCAAAAAUUGGAACAAAGUAUCAACUUCCUCAUAAAGGGAUCAUUCCAGAAGAAUUUGGAGUGAUUGCUCGAUAUCAAGGACAAGGGAGGCUUGCAGAGCCAGGAUUUCGAAAUCCUCGUUGGGUGGAUGGCGAACUUGUUAUUCUAGACGGAAAGUACAUUAAAGAAGGUCCUGUUGUUGGAUUUGUAUAUUGGGCCCCAGAGUAUCACUUUUUGGUGUUCUUUAAUCAGUUAAGGCUGAAGAAUUGAAGCGCUCUUUGUACAAGAGUUUCAAUUGCCUUUUGUUUUUGAAUCAGAUUUAUAGUGUCAGAUGAUAGCCAUUCCCAUGGUGCCCUAUGCGUGGAUGAGUGAAGUGUAUGCCACUUGCAUUUAUCCAGUAACUCCCAUAGUCACUCGGUUGACAAAUGUAACCAUGGGUUUUUGUAUCAUUGUUGCAUUGGAUGUAUGUACAGUAAUUAAGAGGUAGACUAGAUUUUGGGUGGAUACUGGAGUUUUUUGGUGCCCGGGAUUGUGUACAUCAUGGUUCUUUUGUGGGUAAAGGAGGAAUAAUGGCACCACAAUUCCUUUUGAUGUAUGUAUAUAUGCUGAACAGAAUUUGUAAGUUAUUGGGAAGAGGAAAUUACAAUCUCUGUUAUGG